AAACAAUCCCUGGCAUAUCUGUUAAAUAACAGCACCAGCAACUGUUAACUGUUAGUCUGGCUGGGCGAUGUGGAAAGAGGAAGAAGAAAACACGAAAAUAAAUAUAAAAAUAAAGAAAAAUUGAAAAUUCAAAACAUUAAAGGUGCUUUCAUGUCUACCGCCAAAGUCUUCGUGGGCAGCCUGCCGCCUGGCUGCAAACCCGAGGAGCUUCGGCAUUUAUUCACCAGCUAUGGAGUUGUAGUCGAGUGCGAUAUUAUGAAUCGCUGUGGAUUUGUGCACCUGGAGACCGUUGAAAUGGCUGAGGCCGCCAUCGCUGCACUCAAUGGUAUUGAAUUCAAAGGACAGGCUAUAGUCGUGGAGCCCGGACGACCAAAAGACAGAAGAGGUGGCGGUGGCGGAGGCGGGGCAGUUGGAGGAGGCGGCAGUGAUGGGGGCCGAGCUGCUAAUCGAAGGCCUAUGCAAGGUGGCAGCUUCAAUCGUGGUGGUCACAUGAGUGGCAAUAGCUUCAGAGGGGGAGCUGGAGGUGGAAGAGGCAAUAAUCGGACAUCAAAUUCAAAUGACAGUCAUUUUGGACCCAUGAGGAACGAGGGGAGUUUCAGACAGCAACGUAAUGCACCCUAUAGCAAACAGAACCAAAGCACUGACGCACCGCCACAGCAAGCGUUUAACAAAAACAAAUUCAAUCAAAGUGGCGGCUACAAUGAUUUCCACAAUGGGUCACAUGGUGGACAUCGUGGCGGUGGCUUUGAAGCAGCGAAAAAUAUUGGACAAGAUCGACGAGGAUUUGCGUUGCCCGCUGUCGAUCAUCAUCAUCAACAGCAGCAGCAGCAAAUGUCAUUUGGCAGCGCCAACAAGCAAGGAAGAUUUGGUAAUGGGCCUCUGCCAAGUGGGAACAGUGCUGACAACGGAAUGUUCCAGCGUCAACGCAACAAUCUGGGCAUGAAUAGUGGAAGCACGCAACCUGGUCGAGGCAGUUUUAGUGCGAAUCGUGGCGGUUUUGCUGGUCGUGGUGGCUUCAAUGCGCGACGUGGUGGCAGUGGACAAAACAGCAGUCAGAGCGGAAACUUUAAUAAACACGGACCUACAAAUGGUCACCAUCAUCAGCAGCAUAAUAAUGCACCAAAUUCAUAUCAAUCGGACUUCCCACCGCUUGGUAGUCAGGGCGGCAGUGUUCCUGGCAGAAAUAGGUUUAAUGGACCCCCCUAGAGCUGCACUGAAUAUGGGAGGUGGUAAUAGAAGAUUUUAGAUAUCAAAUACCAGACGCAAAUGUAAUCAGAGUGGAUUACUAAACAAAAACAAUAACCCCCAUAGCCGAAUUUCGUUUUCCAAUAAUUAUUAAGUUAAGUCUACAGUUCGAAACCAAUCCCAAACGCGUUACAAUUU